UAAUAUUUGUCUACUUUCUACAUUGUCUUAGACACCACACUAUAAAGAGUUUUCGUACUGUGUUCAACGGAACGAUAUUCAACGUAUUAUAUAUUUGCAAGUACGGCGGUCAGGAUUUAUGGUGAUCUUACAAAGAUUUUCAGGCUAGUUCGUCGACUGCAAAAGUGAAUAGGACCUAACAAUGUAAUGUCGAUGGAGAAAAAGCAUUACAUUUAAAAAGGAUUCUACUGUACACAUAACCUCGCGUUCUUUAAAACGUUCCACAAUGAAUUCUCCAGGAUCUCAGGCUCUGGAGACAGCUAAAAAUAUGAAAGACAUGGCAAUAUUUAAAAAACCUUGUGGAGUUGCUAAACGACAUAAAAGGAUACAGCCAAAAAUUUUAGAUGAAGACACAUAUGUCAGAAAAAUGGGGGAAAUAAUCCAAAGAGAUUUCUUUCCUCAUCUGGAUAAGCUUCAAGCUCAGAAUCAGUAUUUAGACGCGUUGGAACAAAAUGAUGUAAAAAGAAUGAGAGAGCUCUAUGAAAAAUAUAGUUCUGGUCGUCCCACAACAGAGAGACCAGCCAGUCCUGCUACUUUCGAGACACCCAUGAAUAAAACUGAAUCCGAGGAUGAACAGUUGAAAUCUUUAAAAAUGCCUAAAAACGUUCCUGUUGUAGAUAACACAAAAGAAAAAGAAAAUGAGAAAGACAAAGAGGAAUGUAAGAGCGGAUUGGACUCGUAUUUGAGUACACAUACUAGCGAGGACAAUGCGAGUUUUGAAGAAAUGAUGGUAGAAGCGGAGAGGAGGCUGAAGCUGAAAUUUGCUUGGCUCUAUGAAGCAGAAAAGACAUCGAAAGCGUUGACCAAUGACAGAAUCAAAGACAUCUUGGCAAUAGAAAAUGGCGAUAAAAAGCCCAACCAAUUGGACAGUUGGAGUUAUAAAAACAAAAAUUAUAUCAUGUACGUUCCCGAUGGAGUUGAAUUAACUCCAGACGAAAGGGUCGAUUUGGCUAAGAAAAAGCAGGUCGUGGUACACGAAAAUACAAGGCUACGAACGAAUCCGUUCAACGAACAACAAAAUAAAGAAACCAUUAACGAAUUAGCGAAAAAUCAAUCGAAAGCCAACGAUGGAAAGAUUGGAGUAGACGGUAAGGAAAUCGUUAGGAACCCUACUCCCCGGGUGAACGGUUUCAGUUUCGUGGCAACUCCGAGUCCAAGACCUGGAGAAUGCGAAAGUCCUUUGAUGACAUGGGGUCAAAUAGAGGGUACACCAUUCAGAUUGGACGGUGGGGAUACUCCUUUAUUGCGAACAAGCCAAGGACCUUCGUUUCGAAUGGCAGAACCGCCGAAAAGGGAGCAACUAGCCCUACAGCUAGCAGAAAAAGCAGGAGAAAGGCACAGGGACAGAAAAACUAAAGCGCUGGAAGCAGCUAGGAGAUCGCUUGCGACACCAUCGCCGAGAUCGACCAUAGAUCGCUUGAGUACCAUGUCUCCGGCAGCCAGAAGAUUAGCUACGCAAAAACUUCGCAUCGCGAGUACACCAACCCCGCGAAGAACCCUGUCGUCGAGGACACCGUCGAUAGGCAUUAGAACACCGGGCACACCGAGAAUACACGCACCAUCGAAACCGGAAAAUCGUCUUGAAAUCGAAAACAACAGUACCCGAUCGCAAGAACCAGUUCUUACCGAUAAUCUGUUGAAUCUGCCGCUUCAGAGACAAAGAGCAGCCGAUUUCUUCAACAAAUAAAUUACAGGAGUAAUCAUCGAAUUAGUAUUCGACUACUGCGCGUUGUAUGCCGAUCUCUAUGUAAAUACUUUAUUGCAUUUCCGAAUGGUACGAAACCUAAGAACGAUAGGAACUUACUUCUUCAAUAUCGAAGAUUUGCAUUGUAAAAUAAUAUUUUAUAAUAAAAGAUUUUUCAAACGGAAAA